CCCUAGCUCAUUGAGUGUCGCCUAUCACUGAAUCAGAGGUUUUAUGAUUUACAACUUUCUUCUACUUGAACUUUUACAGAGCACCUAAAAUCUUCAAAACGGUCUUCUCCACUCAAGGUGUCCACUCUGAACGCAAUUUUCUUAUUUUAUGAUAUGGGUGGCUCUUGAUCGGUGACUGUGUUGAAGAUCAAUCUCAAAAGAGAUCCAUAGUCAACCAGACUCUUCAAACAAUGUACAGCCAGCAACCAUUCCCUGCGUUUGCUCAUGGAGCAGGACUCAUCCAAGAUGGUAACCACCAAUUCAACAUUGCAACUUAUCCUGGCAUCCCCGGACAAACAUUUUUUCCUUUCGCCCCAAUGAAAUCCGAAUAUGGAGAAUUGGGGUCUCAAUCUACGGGAGAGAGCUCAUCUCAGGUAAUCCAGUGGAACACCUUGCCGUCGCUUGACCAUGGUAACCAGACAGACAACCAAAGCGCGGGGCAAUUGGUUAGGGGGAUUAUCUCCAACUCAGGGGACAAUCGAAGAUAUAUAAAAAGAGCUCUCGACGCAGAAGUGAAAACAGAGUCUCCGGAGUCCAAAUAUACCCCCCCAUCCAACCUACCAUCCGGACCAUACUACAGCCACCCCUGGAACACCUUCUGGCCUGGCAUCGCUACUAGUGGAAACCCAACAUCAAGCAACCCUCUGCCUAGCCAAACUUUCCCUGGAUUUGUAACUGUGUCAGGGACUCCACAAAAUUACCAAGGUACCUCCAACCAAAGCCCCAACUCCUCAUGUGAGAGUGGGAUCUCAAGCUUGGAUAACAGUCGGUGUAGUAGCACUAACAGUAGUUCCUCCAGCACACAAGGGAAUGAGCCUUUUACUGGGCCAAACAACGUUCCCAAUGAGCGCUGUAGCGGUACCCCAAGCAGUAUUACCGGUAUACCUACCGUGGAUGGAGCUGUCUCCAAUGAAAGCGAUGAGGAUGUGGAGUCCAACGGAGAAAUGGAAUUGUUUGCUAAGGAAUUAAAACAUAAAAGAAUAACCCUCGGUUUCACCCAAGCAGACGUAGGCUACGCCCUCGGGGUUCUUUAUGGUAAAACAUUCAGUCAGACUACAAUUUGUCGAUUUGAAUCUCUUCAGUUAAGCAUGAAAAAUAUGUGUAAGCUUAAACCUCUUCUUAAUGACUGGCUGCAUGAGGUGGAGACUAAUGCUGAUCUGCAAGAAGUGCUUAGCAGAGGUCAUGUCUUACCGCAAGCUCAAAAGAGAAAGCACAGAACAAGCAUAGAAAAUCACGUGAGACGUAAGCUGGAGAGCUACUUCAUGCAAUGUUCCAAACCCAGCGCUCAAGAAAUGACACAACUUGCACGAGAGCUUAAUAUGGAUAAAGAUGUUAUCAGAGUUUGGUUCUGCAACCGUCGACAAAAAGGAAAGCGCGAGGUGCACCCUUACCUGAAAGAUAAUAUGGUAGAAUCGUUUGAAGUUGUCCAGUCCCAAAAUCCUCACAAUGCAGGAUGUUUCUCAGUUCAGCCAAUAGUAACCUCUCAGGGUUACACAGCAACGCCUGUGGGUACAAUCUCCCCAAUUUACACAUCUUCAUUUCACAAAAAUGAGUAUGUCUCUCAAGUAAUGUCCCAUGGGAUGUCUAUGGAAAAUGUUACUAGUUAAACUAGAUGAUUUUGAAUCAGUUGUAUAAUUUGGCCAUUUAUAUAAGUUGUUUUUUUCUUUUUCUUUUUUUCUUUGUUUUCUUUUAGUAGGGG